UCCUCCAGUUACACAGCAAGCUGCACACCCAUUCAGCAACAAAUACCGCACCACUCUCAAAAACACUGUUGAGAAUCCAAAGCUCUCAAUCUUCCGGAUCCUACUAUUUCUCAGCUAAAGAAAGAGAAUAAAUCCAAUGGGAGGUGGAGCAGAUCACGGACAUGGACAUGGGGAGGCCCAUGGAGACUUUCGUACCAAGGUCUGGAGCAUGUCCGGUGGCCCAUACUGCAGGCCCAAGCACUGGCGCCGCAACACCGCUAUCGCCAUGGCCGGCGUCUUCCUCAUCUGCAUCCCCAUUGCCAUGAAGUCUGCCGAGCUCGAGCAACGGCCACAUCAUCCUGUUCGUCCAAUUCCUUCACAGAUCUGGUGCAAGAACUUUGGCAAUAAAGACUACUAAAGCUGUCCUGGAAUCAAGUGAAGUGUAGUGGAGGUUGGGUAUCUAAUUCUUGCUGGUUGGCAUAGCACUCCUUGUAUCUGUUGAUUGCCAGACAAUAUGGCGGUCUUUUAAGACUUGCUUUUUGUAAUGUUUAUAAGAUUUGGAUUUAGAACUCAGUGUGGGUUACCAUCAUACAAUUUUAUCCAUAAUGAAAAUAAGAUGUUGACUGUUUUGCUUGCUUUCCUUAAAGAAAA